AUGAUUACGUCACUUCCCGACGACAUCAUCGUCGAUAUUUUAGCGCAUGUGUCGAGAUGGGACUAUCCAACUCUCUCCCUUGUCUCUAAACACUUCCGGUCACUCGUUUCCUCGUCUGAGCUAUACGCUAGACGAUCCUUGUUGGGAUACACCGAAGCUUGUAUCUAUUCUGUUCUCUUUAAUUACGACACUGGAAGAUUUCAUUUGUAUGUUCUUCGUCGUCGUCUGAAAAGAAACAACAACAGUUGUUAUUUUGUCCUUAUCGGGUCACUUCCUCCUAUGCCUUCCAACGCAAGUUUUGUCUCAGUUGGUUCGAAGAUAUAUGUGUUGAGUGGAAAUUCGAGAUCAAUUCCCUAUAACAUAGACUGUAGAUCUCACAUUUUGCAGCCCCACUCCAAAAUUCCUCAUGGACCCGAGGCUAUAAAGAUUGUUGACGUCAUCGACAAAAAGAUUUACGUAAUGGGAAAGUGCGAUCAUGACGAUGCAAAGAAGGUAAUGCUGGUGUUCAAUACAGAAACACAAAGGUGGGAGCCUGAGAUGACAACAAAGCCAAGCCUAGAGUUACGUCGGUUCUGGUUUGAACGCGUGGUUAUUGCGGAUAAGAUGUACGUGAGGGAUUACCAUUAUUCUCAGGAGAGCUUUGUUUACGAGCCAAAGGAAGAUAAAUGGGAAUUGGACGAGAUGUUGAAUUCUAAUAAGUGGUACCGUGGGUGCGUUCUUGAUGACCUAUUGUACUACUAUGAUCCUUUUGAGAACAAGUUAAGAGCGUAUGAUCCAAAGCACAGGUGUUGGAAAGUGGUCAAAGGUUUGGAAGAAUUUUUGCCUCAUGUAGCUUUUCCAUGGUCAGACACUGUGAAUAAUGGUUGGAAACUAGCUGUGUUCUUCAUUACAUGUGAAAAUUGGGCUAUAAGAAGAGAGAUUUGGUGUGCAGAGAUCUCAAUUGAAAGACGCCAAGGAGAAAUUUGGGCUUUUCCCCCCAACCCAAGCCGCAUUCCACCACUAAGGCACAGGGGUCAUCACCGUCAUCGUCGUUGGCAUUUAAGACGCAAUGCCACUGCAGUUUCACCUUCGUCACACGACUGUCAGCAGACAUGUGUGGAGCCUCUCACUUCAACUCCCUUUGGUUCACCUUGUGGUUGUGUAUUCCCCAUGAAAGUUCAGCUUCUACUAAGUGUCGCACCUUUUUCUAUUUUCCCCGUGACCAACGAGUUAGAAAUUGAGGUUGCUGCUGGAACAUACUUGGAACAAAGCCAAGUGAAAAUAAUGGGUGCCAGUGCCGACAAUGAAAAUCAAGGGAAAACAGUGGUGGAUAUUAACCUUGUUCCACUUGGGGAAAAGUUCGACAACACUACAGCAACACUUAUUUAUCAGAGAUUCCGGCACAAGAAAGUACCUCUAAAUGAGACUGUUUUUGGUGAUUAUGAGGUUACACACAUAAGUUAUCCAGGAAUUCCUUCUUCUUCGCCAAAUGGAGCUGUUACUGCAGAUGCUCCAGGAGGCUUUCCAAUUCCAAUCAAUGCAACUUUUGCCAACAAAAGCGAGGGAAUAGGUUUUAGAACGAUUGCAAUCAUUGCGUUGUCAGGUUUUGUCCUCAUUCUGGUUUUGGUUGGAGCUAUAUCUAUAAUCGUGAAAUGGAAGAAAAUUGGGAAGUCAUCUAAUGCUGUUGGCCCUGCUUUGGCUCCAUCGAUUAACAAAAGGCCUGGUGCUGGAUCUAUGUUUUCCAGUAGCGCCAGAAGCUCAGGAUCAGAUUCUUUGAUGUCUUCCAUGGCUACAUGUGCUUUAUCCGUUAAGACCUUCACACUCUCCGAGCUUGAGAAGGCAACUGAUAGAUUCAGUGCCAAGAGGGUUUUGGGCGAGGGUGGAUUUGGACGUGUUUAUCAGGGGAGCAUGGAAGAUGGAACCGAGGUUGCAGUGAAACUGCUAACUAGGGACAAUCAGAAUCGAGACCGUGAAUUUAUUGCCGAAGUCGAGAUGUUAAGCCGUUUGCACCACCGCAAUCUUGUGAAACUGAUUGGAAUAUGCAUUGAAGGCCGUACACGUUGCUUGAUUUAUGAGCUCGUCCACAAUGGGAGUGUCGAGUCCCACUUGCACGAAGGAACACUUGAUUGGGAUGCACGGUUGAAGAUUGCACUUGGAGCAGCGAGAGGACUGGCUUAUCUCCAUGAAGAUUCAAAUCCCCGAGUAAUCCACCGUGAUUUCAAGGCUAGCAAUGUUCUCCUAGAAGAUGACUUUACCCCAAAAGUCUCAGACUUUGGACUGGCAAGAGAAGCAACAGAAGGAAGUCAACAUAUUUCAACUCGAGUCAUGGGGACCUUUGGGUACGUGGCUCCUGAGUAUGCAAUGACGGGGCAUCUCCUUGUUAAAAGCGAUGUUUAUAGUUACGGUGUGGUUCUACUAGAGCUUCUCACCGGUAGAAGACCGGUAGACAUGUCUCAACCUUCGGGAGAGGAAAACCUUGUGACAUGGGCGAGACCCUUACUAGCCAACAGAGAGGGCCUGGAGCAACUAGUGGACCCUGCAUUGGCUGGAACCUACAACUUUGAUGACAUGGCGAAAGUGGCUGCGAUUGCCUCCAUGUGCGUCCACCAAGAGGUCUCACACAGACCAUUCAUGGGAGAAGUUGUGCAGGCACUGAAACUUAUAUACAACGAUGCAGAUGAGACCUGUGGUGACUAUUGCAGCCAAAAGGACUCAUCAGUACCAGACUCUGCUGAUUUCAAAGGCGAUCUGGCUCCUUCGGAUAGCAGCUGGUGGAAUUUGACACCUCGAUUAAGGUAUGGUCAAGCUUCGUCGUUCAUAACAAUGGAAUAUAGCUCAGGACCACUAGAGGACAUGGAGAACCGGCCUCACUCUGCCUCUAGCAUUCCAAGAGAAGGAGGCCUUAUUCUACCAAACAGAUCGGGUCCAUUAAGACCCAUGCGUAGUCGAAGAAACUUCUUUAGACUGAGAGGAAGCAUGAGCGAACACGGUGGACCGUCGUCUUCUAGACAUCUCUGGUCCGGCAAUGGCGACUGGCUCUGAGAAACCAGAAAAUGUACAGAGAAGAAAAGGGAAAGAGGAAAAGGAGGCUCACAACUCUUGAGCUGCAUGGUUAGGUUGUGGUUAAUCCGGUUUGGUUCGGUUCUUCUGGGUAAAGACUUUCCGGUUUGAUUUCUUUUAGGAGUUCUUUUUUUUUUGUUUUGUUUUUCCUCAAUAGAAGAUUAAUUGUUUGUUUUUGCGAGGAUGCAAAAGCACAGGAAGGGUUGUAUUUUAAAGGACGUCUGUAUUUAGUUCUCUCUUCUUCUCUUUCUCCCCCACAAAAAACAUUUUUUAUUUUUUUUAUUUUAGUGAAGUUAGUUAUUACCUAUUUUUUUUUUAGUUUUUCAAGUUCCUAAGAAUUUUGGCUUUUGGUCAUCGUUGUUUAGUUUCCGGUUCUCAAAAUUUAAAUCCGAAGUAUUUUUUGGUUAAAUAAAUUUCUGGCUUGGGAGAGUCAUUCGCUGGUGAAUGGUGGUAACAAGUCACUUGGUCAAA